CCGAGUUCAACUACUUAAUCCUGCCAGGGUUUUCAUUAUGUUGGGGGUUGUUUAGUACACACUUACACUUAGUGAGAUUUAGAGUGCUAAUUAACAUGCGCAGUUUAAGGCUGUGGAAGGAUUCCACAUCAAGCAUGUAGAGAACAUGGAAGUACAGAAAGAUCUGCAAAAAUCUGUCACCUUGAGUCCUGCUUAACCUCUCCAUGUUGUCAUAGCAUUGUCCCACAUUAUUUUUAGCAUCAACCUUACAUUACUUAAACUAAUAUUAAUAGUAAAAACAAUAUCUGUAGCUUACAAUGGAAAUUGGUCCCAUAGAACUAUUAUGUUUUUGUUUUUUGUGAUUUUGUUUUCACGCUUUUGUUGAUUCACACUGAGAGAUUCAUUAUCGCCCAUCACCAUCUAGAACUUACUCCUAUUUAGUAGCCGUGAAGAAACCGUCGCAUACCCACACACCUUCUGCCUGAUGCCACAUGUUGAUGUGUCCCUGGGGAUGGAAAGAACCACAUACUUUCAUCACUGUAAUCAAGUACAAUUUGUAUGUACUUUUUAUCAGUUACUUGUAAUUAUAAUCUGUAUUGGUUGAAGCUGAAAACAGAGGAUCAGGUUCUUAGUUUAGAGUUAGUUAUUUAAAACUGUUUAAGUACUUUUUACUGUUAUUUGAUUAUCAAUCUACACUCUUAAUUUUACUUGUAUUUAAGUAAAAUCUUCAAGUGACUGUAUUUUAACUUGAGUGCAUUAUUUUUGUACUCUUUCCACCUCUGAGCAAACAUUUAGCGCUCAUGACAUUUUUUCCUUCAGGAAUACUUUUUUUUUAUGAAGGUGUCUUUUCUUUUACCUCUGUCAAUGCUUUGAUAUGAAACAGCUUAUUGCACAUAGUGGCAGAAAUAUUUUGUGGUUACCACCAGGUUUCAGCUGGUUUCUUUGCUUUCUCUUCCUUUUUGUACAUCCCUUUCAGAAAAAAAUUGAUGUGAUUUAGAUCUUUUUUCAACACUAAAUUCUUUCUGAAGAACCCCAGGAAGGCUCUUUUUGUACCUUACAUGAAGAGAGAUAGAUAAUAGCCAGCAAAAUAACAAGCAAAACACAAUCAUAAGUCUGUAACGAUGUGUUACUGUUUGUGAGACAAAACUGUCAAUAAUUUAUUACCUUGCUCAACUUCUUGGUUUAUUGGCCCAUUCCGUGCACAGCUGUGCCUCUGGACUGCAGUGAGAAUAGCAUGAUGUCAGACAUCACACCGAGAUGAAGGAGAGGAGAGAGGUCGAGGGCAAGAGAAACAAAAAAGUCUGUGGUGUGUCUGCAGCAGUUUUUUUCUACUAUUACUGCAGAGGUUUCUUAGAAUGUCCUGCCAAAGGGCAAAAUAUAAAGUGUUCCAUUAAAUAUCUUGUUGUCAAACUAUACAAAAUCAAUAACUUUUUGAUGCAUAAAUUUGACCUGUGAAAUUUUCUUGAAAGUAAUAUUAAAAUGUCGUAUUGUCUGUCUCGUCUUUCAGGUAUCGAAACAGACAGACGGACAGACAGACGGGUUAACCUCGCAGGAUCAGCCAGACAGCAGGAGGCAGCGAUGGAGAAGAGAAGAAAAGAGAAGAGAAGAACCACAGUCUGAAGAUGAUUUGAGAUUCCAGUAUAGCUUCAUUUCCUCCCUGCUAAGAAUCUGAGGGUGUGUGUGAUGGUCAUCUAACCCAGUGCUCGCCUUCUGACUGUCCAUGUCAUCAGAGCCAAUGGGCUGUCACUGCCUGCUGCGUCUCUCUGUAACCCUCCUGGCUUUGCUGAGCCCAUGCCUGACCAGGCUGACUCCCAGAGUCUCCUUCCCAAUGGGUAGCCCAGGGAGACGUCUCACCAGCUUCAGCAGCCAUGACCUCAGUAACACCACAACCCUGCUUCUCAGUGAGGAUGGAGAAAAGCUGUAUGUAGGAGCUCGUGAUGCGGUGUUAGCGCUGGAUGUUGGUCAUAAAGACAGUGUCCUUCUGAGGAGCAAGCUGGACUGGAGCCCUUCAGAAAAAGACCUAGAAGAGUGUUCCAUGAAGGGCAAGAAAAUGGCGGACUGUCCCAAUUUCAUCCGAGUUCUGCAGUUCUUAAACAGCACUUCCAUGUACGCGUGUGGAACAUUCGCCUUUAGUCCACGCUGCACAUAUAUUAACUCACAGACGCUCACAAUGAGUCUCAACACUGAUGAAGGGAGAGGUCGCUGCCCUUAUGACCCCUACCAGCGCAACACUGCUAUUAUUGUGGGGGGAGAGCUUUACACCGGCACAGUGGCGGAUUACAGAGGGAAUCGACCAGUCAUCUCCCGACACCUAAGUGAAGGCAGCCGGGUGGACCUUAAAUUGGAUGACACAUUAGGAUGGCUGGAGGGUGUGUGCACUGACUCUCAUCCUGACACAUUUCAAAAUCCAACCUUCAUCAGCUCCAAGUUCAUUCCACAUGAGGAAAAAAUCUACUUUUUCUUCAGUGAAGUGGGCAGAGAGUAUAACUUCGUAGAUAAGUUCAUUGUCUCUCGUGUUUCUCAGAUCUGCCUGAGUGACGUCGGAGGUCAGCGCACUCUGCAGAGACGAUGGACCACGUUUGCCAAAGCUCAGCUUUUGUGCCAAGAUGGCAGCGAGCUCCCUUACAAUGUGAUCCAGGAUAUUGACGUGCUUCCACCAGCAGAGGGCGCUUCAGUGGAUGACACACUGUUUUACGGCAUCUUCACCUCUCAGUGGACUGUGAGCUCUGGAAGGUCAGCGGUGUGUUCCUUCACUCUGACUGAGAUCAAAUCCGUUUUCUCUGGGAACUACAAAGUCCUGAACCGAGACACGUUACAGUGGAGCGCAAGAGUCCAAGAGAAGGUGGCAAACCCAGGAGAGUGUGGCCUGCACAAUGCCUCAGAUAACGCACUGCGCUUUGUGAAAGAAAACUUCCUGGCAGAGGACAGCGUGCGUCCGGCUGGAAGACGCCUGACCUUGGUGUCUCGUGAGCACACCUACAGCCACCUGACAGUUCAGAGAGUCCAGGCUGCCAAUAAAAAGCUCUACACUGUCCUGUUUCUGCUAACAGAGUCUGGUCACUUACACAAAGCAGUGCUGCUCCAACAGGGGCCCUACAUCACAGAGGAGGUUCAGGUUUUUAAGUCUCCUCAGCCAAUCAGGAGCCUGAAGCUGUCUAUCCCAAAGGGUAUGCUAUAUGUUGGAACAUCAGAGGGGGUGGUGAGGAUUCCAACUGCUAACUGCUCCUACUACUGGACCUGUGCCCAGUGUGUUCUUUCCCGGGAUCCUUUCUGUGGUUGGGAUGCAGCCAGCAGGGCCUGUGUGGAGGUCUCUGUCGCCCAGACCGCGCUAAGCCAGGACAUAGAUGGAGGAAAUGUUGAAGAAGCCUGUAACAGUGUUUUAUUAACACACAAAACUAAAUUUGGACCAAGUAAGAUGCCCACAGCCUCGUGUCCUGCAGGUGAGCUGAUCUCUGUGUCUCUGAACGACGUGGUGCGGCUGCACUGUCCUGCAGCGUCACAGCUGUCCCACCAGCUGUGGGAGCGUCCAAACAGCCGCCUGUCCUCAGACCUCUACCUCCACCUGCAAGAUGGGAGCCUCAGCUUUGUGGCCACCCCAACCACCCUGGGCCACUACCUCUGUCUGUCCACAGAGAACGGCUACCGACAGACCAUGGCCAUUUAUCAUAUCAAGCAGAAGAGCAGCCCCAUGGCUCAGACUCCAACCAGCUCCACCAGGAGCCACACGCGUGCCCAGCCCACCAGGGAGGGACCUAAAGCGACAGAAUCCAGACCAACAGGGACAAAACCCUCACUGUCUCUGGGAAACACUCCAGUCACCACUCAGCAGCUUGAUAGAAAUGUAACUUUGUGGUUGAAAGAAUAUGAAAAUCUGGAAACAAAAUUCCGUGAUGGGAACCCGCUGCUGUCAGCCCACUGCCCCAGCUACCUGAAGGAGCUGGUGGUGGUCUCUGUUCUGCUGGUGCUGUGCCUCAGUCUGCUCAUCACAGUCUCUCUGUAUGUUCUCAGACAGCAGUGGCGGAGACAGACUGCAUCUGGAAUGGUAACUCCAAGCAGGAGCUCUGACCGGAGGACCAGUGAGGAGCAGGAGGCCUUGAGGGAGAAUGAGUUUGGGAGCAAAGCCAAUGGUCAGGCGCCCUCUGGUGGACAUGCCAGUGGCUUUGUUUGUAAUGGGAACCUUACAGACUCCACCCAGAACUUGCCAAACACUCCUUUCUGAGCAGCAGCCAAAGAGUCUUUUGAGCUCCUACAGAGCAGAGCACCAUGGAGGGAGAAUGUUCCAGUAGCAGGGUUCAUUUGGUGAGCGCUGCACAGGAACAGUACAGGGUAAAGUUUGACUUCCUGAGUGUUUUGAAGCCUGAGUGCUGCACAAGUGGCUGCCCCACUUGUGCUUUUUCAAGGGAACUUGAUCUUUUCCGAUACAAAUGAAUGGUAGUUGGAUCGAGCUAAGUCUUUAAACCACAUCUGAGAUCUGACUGUUAGCUCAAGUCUAAUGACACAGGUAAAAACUGUUUUAUGAACUGUUAGCAGUUCAACUGUAGGUCAGUAGCUGUUAGAAUGCUGCUGAGGUAACAGGGAUGUGAUGGUAGAUGGAGCAGUUGUGAUCAGACGGUGUUCCACACCUCACUGAUGUGCCUUGGAUGCAUUUUUAAAGAUGUUCAGGUGGAGUUCUUAUCACUUUAUCUGAUUUUCUUUUCAUCACAUCCUGGACUUUUUUAUCUGAGUGAUAUUCCUAAACUCCUGUUCUGAUGACAGAACAGGAUUCAUCAAUAAACCAUCAAUAAACCUGCUCAUCAAAAAACCAA